CUCUGGUCUUACAGAGAUUUCGAAAUUGAAGGGCGGGAUAUUAUAGCACUUUGAAGAAUGUCUUUGUCUUGGUUUGUUCGGCUGUCUGUCCUCCUAACGGCUCUCCUUCUGGAACCAGCCCACUGCAUGAACAACAGCACGACCGACUGCAAGAAUUUCUUGGAAAAUUUUCCCGUGCGGCUAAAGGAACUCAGGUCGGACUUUGACAAGAUACGGAGAUACUAUGAAGAUAAAGACUACAUCGAGACGCCGCUUCUGGACGAAAAUGUGCUAAAUGACUUUCAAAAUCCGUUCGGAUGCCACGCCAUAAACGAAGUCCUACGAUUUUACCUGGACACCGUUCUACCAACUGCCAUUAACGAAGAAGUCAGCACGCACUACGCAAAACCUAUCAACAGUAUAGGAAGCAUAUUCAACCAGCUAAAGAGAAAAAUACUUUACUGCAGAAAUUACUUUUCUUGCAAGAAACCUUUUGAACUUGACAACAUAAUGACAACAUACAAAAAGAUGCAAGGCCAGGGACUAUACAAGGCCAUGGGGGAACUGGGCUUACUGUUCAAUUACAUUGAGGAAUACAUGGCGUCGGUCAAACCCAAACACUGAGAUUAAACACCUCUGGAGACCAUGGCUGGAUCAACCUAAUCAAAUAUCUACUUUUAAGUACCUCUUAGAUACCAGACGCAAUUCAACAGUCCAGUCCAACCAGUUGACUUCCAAGUUAUUCACACAUUUGUCCUGUAUGUUUUAGCAGUGUGCGUUUUAGCAGUGUGUGUGUGUGUGUGUGUGUGUGU